AUGGCCGAUCUCACAUCAUCAGUCUCCUUCCUGACGGAAAAUCCCGCUGCUGCGGCGAUUAAGGAUGCAUACAACUCGUUCUCCGACCGGAGGGCGUUGCUCAACCUGCCCAACCCGGGUACUGUCGACAACCUUGCCCGUGAGGUCCAGAAGGAGGUUAUGCUUUCCAACUUCAUGUUCUCCGGUCUCCGCGCCGACUUGACCAAGGUCUUUGGCAUGUCCCCUCUGUUCCGUGUGUCCCACGCUUUCUCCAUGGGCUCAUCCGGUAACAUGCCUCCUUACAACUUCUCCACCAUGUACGGAAGUCCCAAGGUCUUCAUGCAAGGUAACCUCGGAAGCGACGGCACCCUCGCCGCGGUCUACAACUACCGCUGGAACCCGGCUCUGGUCACCAAGACCAAUGCUCAGAUCAUGGCUGGUGGCUCUCAAGGCCUGCUCCAGAUCGAUAACGACUACACUGGCGCCGAUUUCUCCGCAUCCAUCAAGGCCUUCAACCCCUCUGCCCUCGACGGCGGUCUGACUGGUAUCUUUGUUGGAAGCUACCUCCAGUCCGUCACACCUGGACUGGCUCUUGGUUUCGAGGCCAUCUGGCAGCGCCAGGCUAUGAACGCUCGCCCCGAGACUGCUCUGUCUUACUGUGCGAAGUACAAGGGUGACGACUGGAUUGGUACCGCUCAGCUGCAGGCCCAGGGUACCUUUGCCGCUACUUACUGGCGCAAGCUGUCCGAGCGUGUGGAGGCUGGUGUUGACAUGAACCUCCAGUUCGCUCCUAACCCUGCUGCUAUGAUGAUGGGUGGCCCUAGCCGUGAUGGAACCACUGCCGUUGGUGUGAAGUACGACUUCCGUGCUUCCUCCUUCCGUGCUCAGGUUGACAGCGCUGGUAAGGUUAGCUGUCUUCUUGAGAAGCGCAUCGCCAUGCCCAUCUCCCUUACCUUUGCCGGUGAGAUUGACCAGGCUAAGCAAACCGCCAAGGUCGGCCUCGCCGUCUCUCUCGAGAUCGCCGGUGAGGAGCUGAUGGAGGCGCAGGAGAAUGCUGAUCCCGCCAGCAUGGUUCCCCCUCCCUUCUAA